CCACGCGCCCCACUUCUUCUCUCUCUCGUAUAGCUGUUAUCGUUUGCGAAUCCGAACCCCAGCGUUCUCGUCUUGACUAGGACCACCUUCCGGUGACGAUCCGUACUGUAGUUCGGUGACUCUACGGCCACAGCGAAGGAGAAGCAUUUUUACACCUGAAUCAUCGGCAAAAUGGUUACCUUUGAAAUGAAUGAUCGAAAGAAGAUUGGAUUAGGAUUAACUGGCUUUGGUGUAUUCUUUUCAUUCCUUGGGAUUGUCUUCUUCUUUGACAAGGGACUACUAGCCAUGGGAAAUAUCCUCUUUGUUUCUGGUGUGUCCUUGACCAUUGGACUAAAAUCAACUUUACAAUUCUUCAUGAAACGGAGUAACUUCAAGGGAACAAUUUCAUUUGGCAUUGGAUUCCUUAUUCUCAUAUUAGGAUGGCCUAUUCUGGGCAUGAUUCUGGAGGCUUAUGGGUUCAUAGUACUCUUCAGUGGUUUCUGGCCUACAUUAGCUGUCUUCGUGCAAAAGAUUCCCAUUCUCGGCUGGUUGUUUCAACAACCAUUUGUUAGAUCGCUGUUUGAUCGCUACAGAGGUAGACGAGUGCCAGUGUAAGGAAAGAUUCUCUUAAUCACAAUGUAGCCGUAAGUGCACUUGUAACUGAAUGUAAAGAAAACAUACAGAUGGAGACCUGACUCUCUAAGUUCGCAUCGCGAUGGAAGAAAAUCAUUGUCACUUUUCUAUGAUACUGCAAAGGAAAAUGGAAAGGGAGAAGUUUUGGUUUGGUUUUGCUAUUUUCCUUGUUUUGUCUCUCUCUUCCUCCCCCCCUUCCUUUUGGUAUUUCAUGCCUAGUGGAAGAUUCAUUGAUCAGUUGUCAGUUGUCAGUUGUCAGUUGUGUAACUCCGAUUACCUUACCAUCCCAGCUAGACAACUUUGGAGAAGCAUCUAUCUGUACGCAGUAUUCUAUUGGUACUUGUAGUGCAUUCAUUAUAGGAAUAUAACGACGAAUUGUUUUCAGGCAUACUAUACUUUGUCCUGGCUGGUUUGCCCAUCAAAUGAUAAGAUGUUACCUUCAUAUUUCACUUCCA